GAAACUCGCCGUGGUGCACUAGUGUCCAAAAUACUGGUCUGCCAUUUUGACUAAUACGUACUAUUCCUUACUAGCGUUAGCAAGUACCAUCAUAACAAAUGUAUACUGACAUUUGGAGUAUCUCGAAGAUGCAUUGCUAAACAUUUUCGUGCGUACUACUACCUCAAUCAAACAUAAACAGCAUAGCACACGGACAGGAUUAAACCGAAAGAAAAACAAAAAUAGAAAAAGAUAGCUGGCUAGCUACUUAGGACUAAAACAAGCUGACAUGAAUUCCCUUGUCGGCUACGGAGUGUCAUCAGAUUCUGAUAGUGAAGAAGAUGGAGAUGAAGGAAACAACAAUAAGCCUGGGAAUGAGGUGGGUGGAGAUGCAGAGACCAAAAAGGGCUGCAAUUUCCUGCUAGAAUCCGGGUCCCAUUCCAGUGAGUCGGACUGUGGUUCAAGCCCAGAGGAAGAGGGGGACUCCAUGACUCAGUUACAAUCUAAGGUCCCUCCGCCUGCCCGUGUGGCCUCCCCAUCUAAGUCCCUGACCCCUCUCCUCUCUGCAUCACCCAGCUCCUUUUCCCACAAACUCCCCCCUCCCCCCCUCGGGGCUUCGUCCAAGAGCGGUGUGUUCACCAAUCCCUUCAAAGCUCAAGCCGAGCUGAAGCUCAAUGUCUUGCAGAAGCACGUUCCUCUCACUCUGCAGGCCCGGCCCUCUCAAAUAGGGGGCAGGAGGAUGUGUGUGGCGUACAGGAAGGACGGGCGUUGCAGGUUUGGGAUCAAAUGCAAAUUUGCCCAUGACAGUGACCUCCAGAGCUCAAUUAUUCCCAGUGACUAUGACCCACCCACGGGGGAGUCUCCCGGAACAGACCAAGCUGACCCCAACGCAGGGGGUUCUUCAUACCCCUGCCGCCCGAACUUUCUCCACAACCAAGGAGGAGAACCUGAGGAGGAGGGUCAGCAGUCUAAGAAGAGGAGAAUAGGGCUGAGUAACACACUUGUGCCUCCUAAAAGGGCGAUGAAGAACUUUGCUAUGCAAAGGAAACGAGAACAGGUCAAUUUGAACUGAAGUUCUUACACAGGGAUUCUCUCAAUAGCAAUACACAGAGAGAGAGAGAGAGAGUGUUUGUGUGUAUGUAUGUGGGAAAGAAUUAGCCUCAAUCUACUCAAAAGUUUUAGUGUGUGUCUGGUUCAUUCACAUACCCUGAUUCCAAAGUGUGCACUCAUUGUCCCCCCCCCCCCCCCCCCUGAUGGAUUUCAGUGGUUGUAUAAACCAUGGUUGUUUAUAUCAAUUUAAUGAAGUGAGACAGCGCAAACUACAGAUGGUAAUAUUAUUUCCCUAUAGCCAGUGCAUAUUCUAUUUACAUCUUGUUAGUAUGCAAAGUACAAGAUAGAGGAACUAUUGCACACUAUUAAACGAAUGAAUGCUCAAAGUGGUUGCUUGAUAAUUGUCUGGGAUCACGUAUAAGGAUGAAACUGAAUAGGAACUGGAGAUACAAAUAAAGUUAUGUAUUGGGUUUUGGGAAAAUAUGUGAGUUAUUGUUCUGAGCAGAUUCCAACGUGUUUGCUUGAUAGAGGAAAGGAGCAGCAGCAAGAGCAUCUGCACUUUAGUUUAAAGAUCUAAAACCGGCAACUAUUCGACUAGCUUGUUUACUGGUGAAGAGGUGUUACUGGAUGAGCAAAUGCUUUACGCAUUACAUUGUCUUUUGUGUUGAAAUCUGUUCUUUUUAUUAAAACAACAUUUUAUUUGA